CGGCGGCGCUCUGAGGUGUGUGGGGCGUCGAGCCCCCCCCGGCCCUGUGAGGCGGCAGCGGGAUGCGGCGGCGGCCGUGGCGGGGCCGCGGGCCGGGCGGCCGGGCGCGGUGAUGAGCGUCGGCGGCCACCGCCAUGUCCAAGGUAACGGCGCCCGGGCCCGGGCCGCCGGCCGCGGCGGCGGCGGCGGCGGGCGGGAAGGAGAAGCGCUCCUUCAGCAAGCGGCUGUUCCGGAGCGGCCGCGCGGGCGGAGGCGGCGGCAGCGGCACGGGGGGCCCGGGGCCGGCCGCGCCCGCGUCGCCCUCGUCGGCGCGCUCGGUGGGCAGCUUCAUGAGCCGCGUCCUCAAGACGCUGUCCACGCUCUCGCACCUUAGCUCCGAGGGCGCCGCCCCGGAGCGCGGCGGCCUCCGCAGCUGCUUCCCGCCCGGGCCGGCCGCCGCGCCCGCGCCGCCGCCGCCGCCGUGCCCGCCGCCGCCCGCCUCGCCCGCGCCGCCCGCCUGCGCCGCGGAGCCGGUGCCCGGGGUGGCGGGGCUCCGGAACCACGGCAACACGUGCUUCAUGAACGCCACGCUGCAGUGCCUCAGCAACACCGAGCUCUUCGCCGAGUACCUGGCGCUCGGCCAGUACCGGGCGGGGCGGCCCGAGCCCUCGCCCGACCCCGAGCCGCCGGCGGGGCGCGGCGCGCAGGGCCAGGGCGAGGUCACCGAGCAGCUGGCGCACCUGGUGCGGGCCCUCUGGACCCUGGAGUACACCCCGCAGCACAGCCGCGACUUCAAGAGUAUUGUGUCAAAGAAUGCACUGCAGUAUCGGGGGAAUUCCCAGCACGAUGCCCAGGAGUUUCUGCUGUGGCUUUUGGACCGAGUUCACGAAGACCUCAAUCACGCUGUGAAGCAGAGCGGCCAGCCUCCUCUGAAGCCACCAUCAGAGACUGAUAUGAUGCCUGAGGGACCAUCUUUUCCCGUCUGUAGCACUUUUGUACAAGAACUUUUUCAAGCCCAAUACAGAUCUUCUUUGACGUGUCCUCAUUGUCAGAAGCAGAGCAACACUUUUGAUCCUUUCCUCUGCAUUUCUUUGCCAAUUCCUCUACCCCACACAAGGCCUCUCUAUGUCACUGUAGUGUAUCAAGGGAAAUGUUCUCACUGCAUGCGGAUUGGUGUGGCCGUGCCUCUGUCUGGGACUGUCGCCAGACUUCGCGAAGCAGUGUCUAUGGAAACAAAGAUCCCCACUGACCAGAUUGUGUUAACAGAAAUGUACUAUGAUGGGUUCCAUCGUUCCUUUUGUGACACAGACGACCUGGAAACAGUCCAUGAAAGCGACUGCAUUUUUGCCUUUGAGACUCCAGAAAUAUUUAGGCCUGAAGGAAUUCUCAGUCAAAGAGGAAUCCACUUAAACAACAACCUAAACCACUUGAAAUUUGGCUUGGACCAUUAUAGACUGUCUUCUUCUACACAAGCAGCAGCAAAGCAGGGGAAAGCGGACUUACCUCCCACAAGAGCGGGAAGCGACAAGAUUGUUCUGUUAGUGUGUAACCGAGCCUGCACUGGGCAGCAAGGGAAAAGAUUUGGACUACCUUUUGUGCUGCACUUAGAGAAGACAAUAGCAUGGGACCUUCUGCAGAAGGAAAUCUUGGAGAAGAUGAAGUAUUUCUUGAGGCCCACAGUUUGCAUUCAGGUGUGUCCGUUCAGUUUGCGUGUGGUCAGUGUUGUGGGAAUCACAUACUUGCUGCCCCAGGAGGAGCAGCCCCUGUGCCACCCAACAGUAGAAAGGGCACUAAAAUCUUGUGGACCAGGUGGCACUGCUCAUGUGAAAUUAGUGGUAGAAUGGGACAAGGAGACAAAAGAUUUCUUGUUUGUAAAUACUGAAGAUGAGUAUAUCCCUGAUGCAGAAAGCGUCCGGCUGCAGAGGGAGCGUCACCAUCAGCCUCAAACUUGCACUUUAUCCCAGUGUUUCCAACUCUACACCAAAGAGGAGCGGCUUGCCCCAGAUGACGCCUGGCGCUGCCCGCACUGUAAGCAGCUGCAGCAGGGGAGCAUUACGUUAAGCCUCUGGACUCUGCCCGAUGUGCUUAUUAUACAUCUAAAGAGAUUUCGACAGGAAGGAGACAAGCGUAUGAAACUUCAGAAUAUGGUCAAGUUCCCUUUGACGGGCCUGGACAUGACACCGCAUGUGGUUAAGAGAAGCCAGAGCAGCUGGAGUUUGCCAUCCCACUGGUCUCCAUGGAGACGGCCCUACGGACUCGGGAGGGACCCUGAGGACUACAUCUAUGACCUGUAUGCUGUGUGCAAUCAUCACGGCACCAUGCAAGGGGGGCACUACACAGCGCACUGCAAGAACUCCGUGGACGGCCUCUGGUACUGCUUCGACGACAGCGACGUGCAGCAGCUGUCAGAAGAUGAGGUCUGCACGCAGACGGCCUACAUCCUCUUCUACCAGAGGCGGACGGCUAUACCGUCCUGGUCGGCCAACAGCUCGGUGGCAGGCUCCACGAGUUCCUCCUUGUGCGAACACUGGGUGAGCCGGCUCCCGGGGAGCAAGCAGGCCAGCGUGACCUCUGCAGCUUCCUCCAGACGCACCUCCCUGGCCUCGCUGUCCGAGUCCGUGGAGAUGACUGGGGAGAGGAGCGAAGACGAUGGAGGUUUCUCAACUCGGCCGUUCGUGAGAAGUGUCCAGCGCCAGAGCUUGUCAUCCAGAUCUUCUGUCACCAGCCCGUUGGCUGUCAGUGAAAGUUGCAUGAGACCUUCCUGGUCCCUGUCUGCCAAGCUGCAGAUGCGCUCCAAUUCCCCUUCCCGCUUCUCAGGGGACUCUCCGAUCCACACCUCCACUUCCACCUUGGAGAAGAUCGGGGAGGCAGUGGAUGACAAGGUCUCCAUCUCUUGCUUUGGCAGCUUGAGGAACCUGUCCAGCAGUUUCCAGGACUCAAGCGACAGUCACAGUCGACGGGAGCACAAGGCUGUGGGCCGGGCCCCUCUGGCUGUCAUGGAAGGUGUGUUCAGAGACGAGUCAGACACCCGCAAGUUGAACUCCAGUGUUGUAGACACAAAGAGCAAAAGCUCAGCGCAAGGGGAUCACUUGCCCCCCAUCUCUGAUCCAUUCGAUAACAAUAACCAGAUUGCGUAUGUGGAUCAGAGCGAUUCUGUAGACAGCUCUCCAGUCAAAGAGGUGAAACCUCCGAGCCACCCAGGCUCCCUCGCCAAGAAGUCAGAGAGCACAGCCAAGAGAUCCCCCAGCUCCAAAGGUGCUUCUGAGCCAGAUAGAAGCUUGCGGAAGGGGAGACCAGUCUUGGCCAGCCAGGAAUCAUCUCUUUCUAGUACAUCCCCUUCCUCUCCUGUCCCUGUAAAAGUUUCUGUAAAGCCCUCCCGCUCCCGAAGCAAAGCCGAUUCUUCUUCCAGGGCCAGUGGACGGCAUUCCUCCCCUGCCUCUGCCUCCAAAAAGGAGCCCUCCCCCAAAUCCCAGGACUCCGUGUCCUCUCCUUCGCUCCAGAAGCAGAAGUCAGCUUCUUCCCUCGCUUACGCUGCUUCCUCCACAUCUGCCAAAAAAGCCUCAGGCCCUGCCCUGAGGGGCCCCUUCCCUCCGGGGAAGAGCAGGACUUCAGACAGGAGCUUAAGCAGAGAGGGCUCCAGACAGAGCCUGGUUUCCGAAAGAGCCAGUGUCACCUCCAGCUCCAAACCCAACUCCCCUCGUGUGAGCCAGGCCAGAGCCGGGGACGGCAGGGGGGACGGAAAGCACGUCCGCAGCUCCUCCAUGGCCAGCCUGCGCUCCCCCAGCAUGAGCGUGAAGGCCGGUCUGAAGAGGGACAGCAAGUCGGAGGACAAGGGGCUGUCCUUCUUCAAGUCAGCCUUGAGGCAGAAGGAAACCCGGCGGUCCACAGAUCUUGGCAAGACAACCCUGCUGUCCAAGAAGGCGGGUGGGAGCGCUGUCAAGUUGGCCUGUAAGAGUGCAGCAGAUGACAAGGCAGAGAGAGGCUCCCAGGCGCCAGGCUCCCAGCAGUCAAACGCAAAUGCAGUUGGAAAAGAGCAGCUUUCCUCCAAGGACCCUGCUUCUGCUAAACAUUCCCUGCUGUCCGCUCGCAAGUCCAAGUCUUCCCAGCUAGAUUCUGGAGUGCCCUCAUCCCCUGGUUGCAGGCAGUCUGCUGAGAAAUCCUCAAAAAAGUUACCUUCUAGCAUGCAAACCUCUGCACGGCCUUCUCAGAAACCUCAGUGAUAUUUCUGCAAUCCAAGUGUUUUAUCUGUAAAGAUGUUAAUUUAUUCAGAACCCCUUCCCUCCCGCCAAAGCCCUUCUAUGCUUUUUUUUUUUUUUUUUUUUGUAUUUUUUGGGUCACGUGCCUGACGUGUGUGUUUGUGUGCGUGUGUGUGUGCGUGUGUUGUGUGUGUGUAGAGUUCAAUUGAAAAUUGUUGAAAGCGUCGCCUUAUUCUGCCAUUGAACCAAAUAACAGCCAUAGGCAAAGCAUCAACACCAAGCUAACUGGAAUAAUCAUAGACGAUUCCCUGGACGGUCCCUCUAGCAGUUGUACAUAUUUCUUUCUAGAGAACUCUAAUCACUUUCAUUGGACACUAGGGAUUUGAAACCUGUGAACCAGUUAAGCUAUCAUUCGUGUGCUCUGUGGAAGGAUGAAUUAUUUGACUUGGGUUUCAUCUGAGCAGAAUUUAUCCUCACUGCGGAUUGUCAUGUGGCACCAGGAGCUCUAAAGACUGUGACACUAACGGUGAAACAAACCGAGGGAAAACUGUCGCUUUCUGCACUUUGGCCCCAUCUACCAGUCUUUGUAAAGGGCAAUAUUUUAACACUAAUGUUUCUCAGGUAUAUAUCCAGCUAGUCUAGGAUGGGCGCGCGUCCGUGAAAGGAUCGAAGAAGAAGAUGGCCUGUGGGUGGCUGUCAUUUCUCCUACUGCCACAGAUAGAAGUUUCUAGAGGUAGAAAUGGAGUCUUUCACCACCUUCAUAUCUGCAAAGAUGUGUGUCCCAUAAGCUGUCUCGACCCUUGGGAUGUGUCCUAAGAGGUGGCAAAUUGGAUAGCCAGAAAGCUAGUCACUAGUAGUUAAAUUUUUUUUUUUCCUUAUAAAUUUGCUAGCGAAGGUCAUUGGGAUUUUGAAAUGUAGUAGAGCAGUUAAUACCUUUGAAAGAUUCUUGGGAAAAAAAUGGAUUCUAAACUGGAUGCAUAAACCUGUGCCAUUUUCCUUCUCUGGUGUUGCUUUUUUCCACGUCAGAAGUCGAAAGCUCCACGCUGCCCCAUGUGCGCGUGCCCGUGUUUCCUCAUCUUGUCCCUUAGAGAGGGAAGAAGUUGCCCAAUGCCAGCAGUCAGCGGUGGUGUGUGAGCGCGGUGUGUAACAAACUGUUAUACACACACUUCUGGUCCUGCUUGUCAGUCCCAGUUGUGACUGGUUUUUCAGGAACGCAUUAAUUUCUUCUUUGUGCCGAAGAUUUAAUCUCUUCCCAGAAACUCGCAAGCAGGAUGGAGCAUGUUUCAUCUGGCCUUGUCAGUGCAAAUUGCAUUUCCUGUUUAGAAGAAAAGGGAACCUCACAGAAAUUCACAGAUAAGCAAGAGAUACACACACACACACACACACACAUUAUUUCAAGCUUUUAGGAGGCGUUCUGGAAUUUUUUGCUUUUUUUUUUUUUCUUUUCACUUUUUUGUUAAAUGUCAAGAGUCAUGGUUCAGAUUCUCUUUGAAUAGCAUUUGUCACUUUGCCGUGAAAUAUAGCAUGCUAAGUUUAUAUGCUUUUACAUACUAACUUUUUUUUUUUAAAUCAUGGACUCUUCAGGUUCUUCCUGAACUCUCUGUGCACAGAUGCAUUUAUAAUUUCCCUUUUCAGUAUUGCUGUGUGUGACGUAAGUAGAACACAUAUUACAUGCAUAGCUAUGAAUUCUGCACUGCCUGGUUGUUUGUUUUUUUGUUUUUGUUUUUUUCCCCUUUCUUUUCUAUGAAUACCUCUUAGGAAAUGUUUCCAGUGGGUUCCUUUAUUUUGCUGCUAAUUUGAGCAUUAGCAGGUAACAUGCACGUCUGGAGACCACGUGUGUUGAGGGUAGCUGGCGUUUUAGACCCUUGCCGUGCUUUAAGACGUCCACGUUUAGCCUUAUGCGAGUUACCCUAGUGCUCCGUGAAAUUCACCUACUGUGAGCCUGGUGUCCGCUGCACUCGAUCCUGACGCUCCACUUUGCUAGGUGUCCUCAUUUUCACUGUACAGGCGUCCGGUUUCCCAAAGCAGCCUUCCUCUCCUCUCCUGGGCUGUGACUGCCUUCCAUCCUGUUGUUGCUUCCCACGCACGUUGACAGCCCGAUCCGUGUUUAGCCACCUCGAGUUUUCCUGUAUCGCUCUCAUUUCCCAGAAGGAUGCAGCACAUGUGGGGGUUGUCAACAUCCGGAAUUGAGUGUGUGUCUGAUUUGAACCUCUCCUCUUUCUGCAGUAGGUAAAUCUCAUUUGAAAUCUCCUAUCUGAAGCUCUGAAACAGUCUUAGAAAGAUAGUCUGACGACACAGAGUGUUUUAGUAACACUUGCGGGGGCUGUAGGCAGUUAAGCAUUAAUAGGAUCUAGUUUAGUUUUCACAGUGGCAAAUAUUUUUACUCUUGACUUCUCCAGUAAUGGAUUUUCUGUUAUGUCUAGUGUCUUUAAAAAACAAAACAAAACAAAAAAACACAACUCUACAAACUCCAUUAAAUUUCCAUGGGACCUAGAAAUAAACUUUCCGUAUCUAUAAACUGUAUGUCUGUGGAAAUUAGUUCUUGUUUCAGAUUUAAAUGGGGGAAAAAAUCAGAAAGUAUUAUGGCAUUGUCUAGGCAUCUUUAGGCUGUUAUAGUUCUGUGUUUGGUAAACAAUGAAAAUUUCAUCCUUAAUUAUCAGGUUACAACCUUUAAACCACAGAAAAGGAUAUUUUGCCCAAAACUUUGGAGGUGUUCUUUGUGGCCUGAAGUAUCUAAUGGAAAAAUUAUUAUUUGGUUCAGUUCUGUUCUUUGGUAGAGUUAGGGACUUGGUGUUUUGUUUUUUCUUUUCCCAGUGAUGUUUGGCACAGUGAGCUUAUAUGUGGUUUGGGGUUAAACCUCACCUGCUGAGGAUGGUAGACAUGGGUGCCUGGUUGACAACCCCGCGGACCUGAUUAGAGCAGUCACUUCCUGAUAGGCACAAAAUAAUUACCAACAAUAGCAUUGCAUCUGUAAUGUUUGUUUGCUUCUUAAAAACUUUAUUCUUGACUUCUUUUCCUGUAAACAUCGAGUGCACUGAGUCUGUAUCAUUCUUAGGACAGCCCCACACCUUGCUUUUGUAGUUCCUUAUAUAAUGUGCAAGCACGAAGAAACUGUUAAGCUCAUGUCAUCUCAAGACCGUCUCUCACCUUUUUUGUAUUUUCUCAUCCUAAAAGCAGGCUAACUGAAAGUAAGUGAUGCUCUGCUGACCCAACAGAAAUGGGUGUGGAAGUAUUUGUGGCAUAUAAAACAUUGUUACUGUCUGUGAGGCUGCCCUGACCUGCUCUGUAAUCAUUCUUUCAUCAUUCAUUCAUUCAUUCAUUCACUCUGCAAACAUUGGUUGAGGGCCUGCUUUGUUUGCGAAGGCAAGCUGAGAGCUUUGGGAGCUUGCUGUGGCUGAGGAGCCCUGGGAGCACAGCUGGUGAACCAGGGGAUGCCAGUGAUGUCCUAGUGGAGCGACAGUCCUCCUGAGCAGAGAGAUCGCCUGGAUCCCAGUGAUCGGCUGAGGCUUCUGGGCCUUUUGAACAAGUCUUUUCUGUUCUGGAAACCAAAAGUGCCCUUCUUCAUCUUUGGAGACAUGUUACUGUCAUCCUCUUUUUCAGACUGCGCUGUCUCUACCACUUAGGGGUUGGAAAUCCAUUACAAAGUCCCUUUUCAUUAGAAUUUGGUCAUCCGCAUUUGUAUGAGAUGGAUGUGGGGAUUUUGGGGGGGUGGGUGGGGAUAAAAACUGUCCUCCCUCUAAAGUACGUAUCAUGAAAAAAAAAAACAGAAAGAGAAUGUAAAGUAAACAAGGUGGCAACCUUUGGGAAGAAAGGAACGGAGAAGAGCUGUGAACAAAGCUCAUUUAUUUCAAAUAAACAUGUUUUAAAAAGUAGAUUGACAUCUGACGUUAAAUUUCAUUCUGACAAAUUACUGAACAGAAGAUAUUGUGUCCUGUGUAGGUUGUAAUAAUUCUUGGAUGCAAAGAUAGUGUCUCCAGGUUGUAUUUCUGAGGUAGUAUGCAAAUCAUAAGCACAGUUUCAAUAAAACACAUAUUCUGUGAGGCGCGUUGAACUUUGUAUUAUUUGGAAUUGAGAAGAGCAAAACUUGCUGACAAACCAGUGCCUAUAUCAGAAACACAAACACAAAAAACAGCUGUUACUGUGCAGGCUGUCUUCAGUUUCAUAAAGGGUAUGUUAUUGCUAAGCACCUGACUACAUAUUUUGGGGGGAAAUCCCAUGCUUUUAUUUAAAUGAACACUCUCAUACCACCUUUUGAUCAACUCCCAAAGUGUGUGUUCUUGCAGCUGCAUUUUGAGCAUGACCAAUCCUUUUCCCCCCAAGUAAUGAAAAUAAAUUUGCAUGGCCUCUGUCUAACCCAGAAAGCAUGCUCUUACUACCUAUGCAAGCAACUGAGAAAAAAUACAGACUACUUACACUCAGUGUAAGUUAAAACACACACACACACACACAAACACAACUCUUAGACUAUGGAGCUGUAUUUUUUAAUUUGUAAUUUUUAAAAUGUGGCUUAAUAUCAAAGAGCGUGAAUGUGAUUUCUUGCUUUGCACAUGUUUCUCUUUGCCUUUUUUUUUUUUUUUUUUUGAUCAUUGGCAAAAUCGUAUGUAAAAUAAGUAUUUUGCAGGCAGGAGUGGAAACGAGUAUGUUGGACACACACUGGUUUAUAUACUGUAUUUAGCCUAAAGACUUUCCUAAAGUGUUUUGUUCUAAAAAUAACCUGCCAUUUUCUAUAGAUCUUAAUUUUUUAUGUCUUCUAGGGUUCUAUCAUGGUCACAAGGAAAGAAUGUGGCUUCUAAUAGUGCUAACAAUUUUAAAACACUUUCAUAAGAGACUUGAGCUGUUCUGGAAAGCUUUGGAGCUUCCCAGCCACGGGUCACAGUGAGACUAAGCUGUGGAGUUUACAGUAGCGUUGACAGUGAGGUAGGUUCUAGAGCCAUCUCACAUGCAUCUAAGACUGGUGUUUCCCAAUUUGGGGGAGAAGGGAGACCCACAGCAGACCUGGGAGGUGUUUUCAAAUCUCACACAUGUGCUCUCCCCAGGGUUCCGUCAAGCCUCUUCUGAGCGAUUCGUCUGAGAUUCUGAUAGCCAACAUUCCCUAGAAUCAUCUAGGGAGAUUUUAAAAAUGCCUGGGUCCCACUCCCAAGCUUUUGACCUAAGUAGUGUAGGGACAGGUCCCAGGAAUUACCAUAUAUAUAUAUAUAGAAAGCUCCGAGGUGUUUCUAAUUUGCAGUCAGAAUUGAGAACCACUGUGAUACACCCUCCCUUUGCCGAGAACUGUGGCGAGAAUCACUGCCGUGUAAGUACUCAGGAGUGACUCAGAUUCCUCUGUUGCUUUGGAGAGAAAAGGGAAAAAAAAAAAAAAAAAAAAAGGUGAUUGAGAGCUACUGAUCAACCUCCUGUCUGAAAUAAGGGGGGCCUUUCUGAUUCGAGACGCUUGGAGCUUUGUGCGUGCCUCAGCACUGCCCAUGUGGUGGGAAGCGGUGGUCUUUAGUCUGCUGGCGCAGGCAGAGUCCCCUGUGGGUUUGCCUCCUUCCCAGAGCCUGUCUCCUGGAUGCCACAGCAGGACCAGACGGGAGUAGGGCAGUCACUCUGAGUUAGAAAACGCUAAAGUAAAGCCUUCAAUGGCUUUGAUUUUGAUAGACCGAUUGUCACCUUGUAGUAAUCAUAGUGGCGAACCCUAGGCUGCCGCCCAGUUUCCUGUUUAGCUCACACUCUACUAUCCAGAAUGUAGUUUCAGGAAUUGUUUGGUGUGUGUUUGUUUUUUAGUUUAAAAAUGAAUGUGAAGCAUUUUAUUUGGGGUCUUUUUGUUUUUGCUUUUGGUUUCAUUUAAUUUUUUUUUUUGGUAACCCUCGGGAUUUUUUCAUGUGAUUUAAAAAAUCAAAUAAUAUUCAUCCAGAAAUCUGGCAGUACAUGUUACCUAUGGAGGCAAAUGAAAUUUAGUUUUAAUCUGUGGUGAGCUGAAUGCACUACUUCUUCAAAAUAAGCUGCUGUGCUUCUCAGGUGGUUUCCUAUUGAGAACGAUACUGCCUACAAAAAAAGAAACACAAUUUACCUGGUGUUUUCAACAUUUCAAGGAAUAAGAUACAAGUGAAAAAUCCAAGUUGGAAAUGCUCCUUUAGAAAGGCUGCCCAGAGCAGCCGUGAUACCUGUUGUAAUGGCCAAGAUGCAAUAUGAAAUUUCCUAGGUGCUAUUCUAAAUGGUAAGGUGUUAUUAUAUCAAAUGGGGAGGCAGUUACAGUGUUUCGGAAGCUGAAGUUCUCUUUGUAGGCCUUUCAAAUAUGCAUUUAUGUUCCCUAUAGUUCUGCUCACCAACUGUGCCUCUCACCGCUGAUUAAAAUUGAAUUCAAGCCCCGUUACAAAAAUGGUUUCUUGAUCAAACUCGAGUUUUUACACUGGAAUUUCUAUAGUUGUCUUAAAAGCUGCAUGUCAUAUCACUGUAUACAAAAUGCUUCGGUGUUGAUGCAUCACUCAUAGUGAUUUGUGUAUAAUUUUCUUCUUUAGUUGAACAGUAAUAUGGAAGGCAGGAUGUCUUUCCUUGAGGCUGGAAACAAAGUGUAUCAUACAUUUUAAAUUACUUUAGAACAAGUGCAUGAGAUGUGUCACUGACGUCUGUUAUUUAUUUGUAUGUUUUAUUAUUCAAGGUGUGUGCACUUUUAAGAAGCAGAAUUUAUAUUUUUAUGUUUAAAACGUUUUAUUUCUGGAACAGCAGUUGAUUAUAUAGUAUACAGUUGGAAUUAAGAGAA